UUCAUGAAAUCGAGGGGGUGAAUGAGGUUCGGGCAGACAAGAAUCUGGAAGGCUUCCUGGAUAUGAAGAUCAAGUUGGCCUUGGACAUUUGCUAUUGCCUUUAUGUUUCCUUAUGUUUGUUACAGAAUGUGUUGUUGUGUGGAGAUGAGGAGAACUUAAGUGCAGUGGUGGCAGACUUUGGUUUGGCAGCCAAGAUACCUGAUCCACUAGAUAAAGACAACUGCCUGCCUAUUGUGGGUUCUCCCUACUGGAUAGCCCCGGAAGUCUUGCAGAACAAGUGGUACAACGAAAAGGCUGAUAUCUUCUCCUUUGGAAUCAUCCUUUGUGAAAUUAUAGCGAGGAUAGAUGCUGAUCCAGAAAUACUUCCUCGAACACAGAACUUUGGCCUUGAUUAUGUGGCAUUUAGUGGACUGAUAGACUAUUGUCCUUUGGACUUCCUGCGUCUGGCUUUUACCUGCUGCCACGUGGAUCCAUUGAGAAGACCAGUAUUUGCUGAGAUAGUCAUAUCUAUUGAGCAAAUCCUAAGAAACCUUGAGGAUGACUGCAUCAAGGAAAAUAGAAAUGGAGGAUUUAAGCGGCCAGGCCAUAAACGGUCUUUGUCUGAGGACAAUAUCUUGCAGCUGUCAGGGGAGGAAGUGAUCGACCCUGGGGACUUCCUCACCUCUCUUACACCUCAGGUGGUACUUGGAGAAGCCAUGAGUAAAGACGACCAGUUCUACUCACCUGCUCUUUCCAAUCCAUUUGUUGGGUUUCAUCAGUUCCUGGAAAGGAAAAUUCUUGGAACUCCCAAAGGAAAGCAGUCUUUUGGUUUUGAAUUGCCGUCUCCUUCUAAUGCAUUCACCCCUCCAUGUAGCCCUUGUACACCUGAUCCGUACUCCGGUCGCCAAAGAAACAAAUCGGGCCCACAGAGCCAGUCACUGCCUUCAUCUCCAGUAUUGUUGAGGAAAGCAGCAGAGAGACUUCAUCAGGAGUCCAUUCAUGGCUCUGCUUCACGCCGACACUCCAUGGCUCCUUCUAAGUUCACAUUUAGUCAGAGAUCAAGGUCAAAGAGUACAGUAUUUCCAGAAGCUCUUGCAUACCGACUCCAGACUGAGUUGGCAGGUAGUAUUGAGAAAGGGCUAGCCUCUCAGUCGGAGAUCUGUGAUGAUAAUGUAGAUACUAAUAAUGAUUUCACUGGAACUAACAGAUCCAGUCUACACAGACCCAAGAGAAAGCUAUACACAAAUGAACAGUCUAGUACAGAUUCUCCAUUCUAUGGAAGUGGCUCCGGAGAUAGAGUAGAACACAGGUGUGAACUCGGGGGCAGUGGGGGAGUAGAACACAGGUGUGAACUCGGGGGCAGUGGGGGAGUAGAACACAGGUGUGAACUCGGGGGCAGUGGGGAUGCAUGUAAUGUCUCCGUCAACAGCUGGAACAAUGGCUUGCUGGGAUCUAACCAUGACUUACGUGAUUAUGUGUCUUCAAUCAGCUCGACGGAGUCAUUCAUGUCGAUUGAUGAGAAUUCAGUGACGCCCAUUAGUCCAGUGUCUGAGGGCAGUUAUCAAGACUUCUUCACUGCCAAAAAAGAAAAUGUGAAUAGGUGUUCUAGAUCCUCCAGUGAGGAUUCUAUGGAAAAUGUGCGACAAGGAGGACGUGAGCGACAUAGGCGAGUCAUGGAGACAAAACUAUAGCUUAUGUUUCUAAUAUUGAUGAUCUUCAGUUAUUGAUCUGUAUAGUCCAAAAACUGACUGGUGCCAAUGUAUACACCACAGUGUGGUGAUCUUUAUACGUCCUGAAAAUGUCAGUUAUUGGAUAUUAUAAUGGAAGACGAAAGCGUUGAGCCGGCUUUACUUUAACAGUAGAUUGUGUUAGGUAGAAGCUAAGUUUUUCCUCUGCUUUAUUAACAGCGUUGAGACACAUUUAUGGCAAACUGAU